AUGUCCAACGACGCUGCUGCACCCGAGAACGCCAACACUCCGGUUUCAGAUCACAAUUACAGUGCUGUUUCAUCGCCCGCAGCAUCUCCUGAAGGCAGUGCAUUCGGGGCUGCAGGCUCUGAUGACCGCCGCUCCUCUACCAGUCGACACCUCAUUCCAAAGGCCCAGCCGACCUCAUUGACCGCCGCCACGUUGUCUGCCACCAGCAACACAAAUGGCCCCUGCCUGUCGGGCGGGGGCCCUGCGAGCAAGCACCACACCGUCCCGCCCCGCCCCAAGCCCGGCCGCAAGCCUGCAACUGAAGAGCCUGAAUCUAGGCGGAAGGCUCAGAACCGUGCAUCGCAGCGCAACUUCCGCGAACGCAAGCAGAAGAAUGUCCAAUCCCUGAUUGAGACUGUCAACAGAAUAACCCAAGAGAUGAAGGACAACAGCAGCGCGUACGAACGCUCCUUGCAGCAUAUGCAAGAGCAGGUGCACUACCUCGAAAACCGUAACAGAGCGCUAGAGGAAGAGUUGAAGAUGUACAGACAAGCCGGUACCCCAGAUACUCAGGGCCUUUCCAUGAACCCUCAGCAUGCGUCUCACGAGGAAAAACACGAGUUUGAUAUGAUGCGUGGAAUCCCACCCCACGAUCAGCCACUUGAGAACAUGCAGUCAGGCUGUGACCGGUGCACCCCCGAACAUUGCGCAUGCCUCGCUGAUCUUACCCAUGACUUGCAGUUCUCGGGCGAAGCUAUGACCGGAAUUCUUCGCGAUGGCCAUGAGGACUUGGAAGACGAAAAGCAUCCUCACGUGGAAUAUGAGGUCGACUUCACCGAGAAGUUCAAAACGAAGCACCACGCCGCUGCAUUUGCGCCCCCAGUGGAAGAGGCCAAGAUUACAGACUGUGGCUUUUGCGAGGGACAGAAGGAUAUAUGCAUAUGCGACCCUCCUACUCGUGUAGACAGUGCCGACGAGUCAUCCUCACUGGCGCAUAAGCCGAGCGGCUCCUCGGGCAAAGACGUCAAGCCUAAGAUGGCUAUGACUGGACCAGGCUCUUGCGCUGAUUGCCAGUCAAAUCCCCAGCAGCGAGCAUGGUGUCAAAGGGUUGCUCAGCUCCGAAGUGAAGAAACCCCUUCGAGUUCACGUCGCAAUUCAAGCAAGAGCAGCUCGCUCGACGUAAUGGAACCCAAGGUCUCCACUAGCAUUGACAUGAGGGCUGGUUUCUCAUCACCCGUGGGUACUGGAAGAACGGUCGGUUGCAGCGAAGCCUUCAAGCUACUCGACGGCCGCGUCUCAACGGACCCGAACGAUAUGGACUGGCGUCAACUGAAGCCCGUUCCACAGACAUUUGCACGACAAGAGGCUCGCAGAGACACAUUCACCAUGGAACCCGGCAUGUACAGUGCGAUGGAGCUAGAUGCAAGCAGCAUUCUCACUACUCUUCAACACGCCCAGCGCCCUCUGAGGCCACGCCCGUCUGACGGCCCCCAUGCACCACUGAUCGAGGAAGCUGAGGAACGGCGCAGAGCGUCUUAUUCGCCCAUGACCAAAGUCGAGGACAAUGCCAUGCUUGAUGCUGUUUCGCAUUACAAUAUCGGCCGAUAG